UAUGAUUGGUGCAGGCGGGAAGGCGAGUAGGCCACUUGAGUUGAAACCAAAAUAAAAUCAAACGUCAGUUGUAAUAUUGUUAAUACUAGCGUGAUUGUUGUAUCUCUGGCUUUCUCCGACGAAGUACGAUUUUUUUUGAAGUUUUGGGGACUGAAGAAGACAGAAAUAAUGCUCAUGGUGGACAAGCUUCUCCGUCCUUCCUUUAGUCUUCUUCCCAAAGCAGUUGCGGGGGUAUUCCCGUUUAAAGAAAAUACUUACAGACAAGCAGAAUUGGUUAUCCAAAGCUGUGCUCUACCAGGCAACAAAUGUUUGUAUUCAAGUCAGACAGAGAUGAUUGAAAACAAGGCUGUGCUUAUCACAGGCUGUGACACAGGAUUUGGGUUUUCAAUAGCAAAGCAUCUACACGAAAAGGGCUUUACUGUCUUUGCUGGAUGUCUUCUGAAGGAUAAAGGAGGAAAAGGUUGUAAUGAUUUGGACAGUUUAAAGAGUGACAAGAUGCAAACUGUCCAGCUUGAUGUCACAAAAGACGAAGAUGUUGAAGAAGCAAUAGCAGUGGUGAAAAAAAAUUUAAAACAACCUGAGGAAGGUUUGUGGGGAUUGGUUAAUAAUGCUGGAAUCUCUACCUUUGGAGAAGUUGAAUUUACAAGUAUGAAAACCUAUAAAGAUGUAGCAGAGGUUAACUUGUGGGGAACUAUCCGAGUGACCAAGGCUUGUUUACCACUUAUUCGAAGGGCUAAAGGUCGCGUUGUUAACAUCACCAGUAUGCUUGGCCGAAUGGCCAAUCCAGCACGAUCUCCUUACUGUGUUACUAAGUUUGGAGUUGAAGCCUUCUCUGAUUGCUUAAGGUAUGAAAUGCACCAAUGGGGUGUUAAAGUCAGCAUCAUCGAACCUGGUAACUUCAUUGUUGCAACAAACCUAUACAGUCCUGAACGGAUACAGGCAAUUGCUGAUGAGAUGUGGAAAGCACUUCCUGAAAUUGUCAAAAAGGACUAUGGCAAACAAUACUUUGAUGAACAAACUGCCAAAAUGAAAACCUACUGUGGUGGUGGUUCACAGGAUACAAAUGGUGUUCUUAACGAUGUCACACAUGCACUAACCUCUUCCUCCCCAUAUACUCGCUAUCAUCCCAUGGAUUAUUAUUGGUGGCUACGGAUGCAAGUUAUGACACACAUGCCAGCAGCAAUAUCAGACAGAAUUUAUAUUUAUUGAUUUGCAUGCCUUUUAAAAUGUAGUCAAAAUCUAGGAUCUUUAUUGCCUAAAUAUCUUUUGAACACUACUGUUUGCCUCAGUAAAGCACAUGAAUAGUUUGUAAAUAAUACAAACUCUGAACUAAAUGAAAUUGAUUGUUAUUGUAGAUGGAAUUAGAGAGUACAUAAGCUAAGUAAGACAUGGAAUGCAGAUGUGCAAAUGAUUCAUUUGGAGUUUUCUACUCAACUGUCUAAUAUAAACAAAACGGGUUGCAUCAUU